UAUAUGUUUAAUUGCUCUUCAAGGAACGAAUUGACCAUUGUUCUAAUUUCAAUUUUAUAAACCCUAAAAAACUAAGAAUUAACAUGUCAGCGCCAAGGAGUACUAGCUGCGCCGUCUACUUCCGCAAACCAAAUAUUGCAAAAGCCAUGUCUCUACUCACAUUGUUCAUCUUCUUCCUUUUCGCGGGUGUCGUUCCUUCGAUUGCCGGAAAGUCUCACGUCAUCCAUUUCCGAACCCCUAAUCUCUAUCCAGAGGGCCUUUCCUACGACCCAUCGGCUCAACACUUCAUCGUUGGCUCCCUUCGCGACCGCACUAUCCACGCCGUAUCCGAUGCUGGAGUCGUCGAAACCCUCAUCUCCGAUCCUUCCCUCCCUCCAAACACCAGCUUUGCGGGUCUGGCAGUAGAUUCGGUCAAUAACCGUCUUCUUGCGGUUAUCCACUCCUUGGCCCCACUCGCUCCCUUCAAUGCCCUCGCCGCUUACGACCUCCGCACCCGCCAACGCCUGUUUCUCUCCCUCCUACCCGACGGCGACGUCAGUUCCACCGAUCGGGCCGUCGCCAAUGCCGUGACAGUCGACUUUAGGGGAAACGCAUACGUCACCAAUUCACUGGGCAACUCUGAAGGAAACUUCAUUUGGAAAGUCAACGCUCAAGGAGAGGCGUCCAUUUUUUCCAGAUCUCCAAUUUUCAAUCAGCAUCCCGUGGACCGAAACGCACCGUUUAACAACUCCGGCCUCAACGGAAUUGCUUACGUCAGCAAGGGGUAUCUGCUGGUGGUGCAAUCCAACACAGGGAAAAUGUUUAAGGUGGAUGUGGAGGACGGGACAGCAAGAACGGUGUUGCUGAACGAGGAUUUGAGUUUAGCCGACGGGAUCGCGAUGCGAAGUGACGGCGUCGUUUUGGUGGUGACCCCGGUUGAAGCUAAGCUAUGGUUCUUGAAAAGCGAUGAUAGUUGGGGAGAGGGAGUGGUUUAUGACAAAACUGACCUUGAUGCGGAGAGGUUCCCCACUUCAGUAGCAGUGGGAAGAGAGGAUAGGGCAUAUGUGAUAUAUGGAAGAGUGAUUGAGGGUAUAAUGGGAAGUGAGGGGAGGGAGUGGUUUGAUAUAGAGGAAGUGAAGUCAGAAAGGGAGAGUAAGGAGGAGAAUGUAUGGAUUUUCGUGUUGCUUGGAUUGGGUUUGGCUUAUUUCUUGUUCUGGAGAUUUCAGAUGAAGCAGCUUGUGAAAAAUAUAGAUAAAAAAACCAAUUAAAUGUUGCCACGUAAUUUUUAUAAAUUUUAGAAUUAACACUCUUUUAGAAACUCUUAAGGUUGUUCCUGUAAUACGCUUCACAUGAGUAUGGUCUCAUUUUAUGUUUGAAAGACUCUUUACGUCCAAGAUGGAUGUUUUAUAUGUUAUCUAAUAUAAUGUCAUUAAU